AGUGUAAUGUCUGUAUCGAGAGUGGCGUUCACUACACAUAGACUACACAUACUAUGCGUUGCCAUUCAUUGCGUUCAUCACUUGUAUUGAUGUCUAUGUUUUGAAACACAAUUAAUUGAAUUGAUUUGUUAUUUUGUAAAUCACUAUUUGGUCACAAAAUGCCAAAUAAGCCCAAAAAGGAUAAAAUUGGUGUCAAAAACAACUCAAACAACAAUAGAGACCAAAACCAGAAGGAAAACAAUGAGACCAACGAUGAGGUGGAGAAGAGGAACAAUAACAACAGUUACGUAAACGAGACAAUGAAAGUGUGUCCAAACUCUCUGAACUCAACGCAAACAAAUUUGAAGGCAAAAUAUUCUGGUGUUUCGCCGACACUGAAGACGUCGCGGAGACAGUCGUCGUCGCGGUUCAACAUCAGCCAAAACCGUGAGAUCCAGAAACUGCCGGCUCUUAAGGACGCCACAGUCGCCGAACGCGAGGAUCUGUUUAUCCAAAAACUGAACCAAUGCUGUGUGUUGUUUGACUUCGCGACGGAUCCCUUAAGUGAUCUGAAAUGGAAAGAAGUGAAAAGAGCCGCUCUUCACGAACUCGUCGAGUAUAUCAUGACUCAGAGGAAUGUCAUCACCGAAAACAUAUACCCAGAAGUCGUUAAUAUGUUUGGAGUGAAUGUGUUCCGAACACUCCCCCCCUCUUCCAACCCAAACGGCGCUGAGUUUGAUCCGGAAGAGGACGAGCCGACACUGGAGGCCGCGUGGCCUCACUUGCAAUUAGUCUACGAAUUCUUCCUACGGUUUCUCGAAUCACCAGAUUUUCAGCCAAAUGUCGCGAAGAAGAACAUCGAACAGAAGUUUGUUCUUCAGUUACUCGAUUUGUUUGAUAGCGAAGACCCGCGCGAAAGGGAUUUCCUUAAGACUACUUUACAUCGAAUUUAUGGCAAAUUUCUAGGAUUGAGGGCUUAUAUUAGGAAACAAAUAAAUAAUAUAUUUUAUCGAUUUAUAUACGAAACGGAACGCCAUAAUGGAGUCGCCGAACUGCUCGAGAUCUUAGGCAGUAUUAUCAAUGGAUUUGCGUUACCCCUUAAGGACGAACACAAGAUUUUUCUACUUAAAGUGUUGAUGCCUUUACAUAAAGUGAAAUCAUUGAGUGUAUAUCACCCACAACUGGCCUAUUGUGUCGUCCAGUUUCUCGAAAAAGACCCCAGUCUUACAGAAAAUGUAAUCGUAAGUCUGAUGAAGUUCUGGCCAAAGGUUCACAGCCCUAAAGAAGUGAUGUUUUUGAACGAAUUGGAAGAGAUUCUGGAUGUGAUAGAACCGGCAGAGUUCCAGAAAGUGAUGACUCCGCUGUUCCGACAGCUGACCAAAUGCGUGUCUUCGCCACACUUUCAAGUGGCCGAAAGGGCCCUCUAUUACUGGAACAACGAGUAUAUCAUGAGUUUAAUAACAGAUAACGCGACCACAAUAUUGCCCAUUAUGUUUCCCGCCGAGAAAUCCAAACUGAAGACCAGAGACGAUGCGUGGAAUAAGAUCGAGGGUUUGGCACAAAGUAAUCCAUAUUUCUUAGAUUUGAAACAAAAGGGAGACAUAAGUCUAGACUUAACCUACAAUUUGAAUCAUCAAAACCCGAACGAUAUGUUAUCGCCAAACGAUGACUACGAAGACAUCUCUUACGAGAAGUUUGAGACCGAAGCUAAAGAAGCGAAAAAGAUGAUAAAACGUGACAAACCAUUACUGCGGCGAAAGUCUGAACUCUUCUCACCGGAUCCGCAGCUAUUAACUCAUAAAAGCCACGACCCAUACCUUGUGACACAAUCUGAAACCAAUAAUAGUAAUAUUAGUUGAGUUAAUAGUCAAACACACAUCGAAAUUGCAUCCACUCUUGUGUUAAUAAACUAUUAUAUUUAUCAUCACUUAUAAUGAAAUAACUUCUUUUGAUGUCAUCCUAUCAUUGAAUUGCGUAAUAAUUGGAGAAUAACUCACAAAUUGCUGCUAUUAUUUGUAAUUUAGUAUAUUUUAAAACCAAAAUACGUGAAUAGUUUAUAAUUGAGUGCCUAUACUAUAACUAUACCAUUAUUAUUAUUAUUGCUGUAUUUUCU